AUGGUGAUAAAGUACUACCAGCAUAACCUAGCAUUGGCAUUUGCCAUAAAUGAGAUCAAUGAGAACCCCAAGAUCUUGCCGAAUAUCACCCUUGGGUUCCACAUCUAUGACAGCUACUUUGAUGUAAAAAUGACAUACCAUACCACUCUGGAAUUGCUUUUCAAGCUGAGGAGAUUUCUUCCUAAUUACAAAUGUGACAUCCAGAAAAAUGUAAUAGCUGUUCUUGGAGGACUUGAUGCUGAUAUCUCCUUCCAUAUGGCAGACAUCUUAGGACUCUACAAAAUUCCACAGAUCACAUAUGGGUCAUUUGUCUUGAAGGAGAGGGAUGCAACAGAGUUUCCUUCCUUCUACCGCAUGGUCCCAAAUGAAAACCAACAGUAUACAGGAAUUAUCCAGUUACUGAUAUAUUUUGGAUGGACAUGGGUUGGCCUCCUUGCUUCAGAUGAUGAUUUUGGGGAGCAUUUCUUGAAUAACUUUGAGCAACUGCUUUUCCAAAGUGGAAUCUGUUCAGCCUUCACAUUGAAAAUAGUGAACCAAGCAAAAUGGGAUUCCUGGGGGGACAUUAUUAAUUUAGUCAAAGAUAUAUAUCAACCUUUUGAAGACAUAAAAGUCAAUGUGCUUAUCCUCUAUGGAGGACCUUUAACCAUCCUGUCGCUGAAUACUCUGAUCUUUUUAGGAAAUCCGGCAUAUGGAGGGAAUGUAUCAUUGAGCAAAGUGUGGAUUUUGACAGCACAAGUUGACUUCAUGUUAUCUGGAGCUCAAAGGAAUUGGGCUUUUGAUGUGUUUCAUGGUGCCAUAACUUUCACCAUUCAUUCAAAUGAAGUUCUACAGUUCAAGAAAUAUCUUCAUGACAUAAAACCUUACCAGGAGAAGCAAAAUGGUUUCAUCAAGGAAUUAUGGGAGCAAGCAUUUGACUGUUCAUUUCCAAAUCUCAAUGGACCAAUGAAGGUCAAUGACAUAUGCUCUGGAGAUGAGAAACUUGAGAGUCUUCCUGGGCUUCUUUUUGAAGUGCUGAUGACUGGUCACAGCUACAGUGUAUAUAGUGCUGUCUAUGCCAUAGCAUAUGUCUUGAACACCAUGAUUACAUCUAAUUCCAUGACUGGGAAAAGUGUUAGACUCCAAGAUCUCCAGCCUUGGCAGGUAAAGUUCCCACAAGAUAUGGUUGAUUGUGUAAAAUGCCCAAAAGACCAUUAUCCAAGCAAAGACCAAGUUGAAUGCAUCCACAAAGAUAUAACCUUCUUGACAUUUGAAGAACCUUUAGGGAUCAGCUUAGCUUUAUUAGCUGUGUCUUUUUCUCUUAUCACACUUUUAAUAUUAGCAACUUUCAUUAAGCACAGAGAUACACCCAUUGUCAAAGCCAACAACAGAGAUAUCACCUAUGUUCUCCUGUUCUCCCUCCUGCUCUGCUUUCUCUGUUCCUUGCUAUUUCUUGGAGAACCAAGCAAGGUGACCUGCUUCAUCCAACAAACCGCCUUUGGCAUCAUCUUCUCAGUGGCUGUUUCUUGUGUCUUGGCCAAAACCGUCACUGUGAUUACUGCUUUCAUGGCCACCAAACCAGGGCCAAGCAUGAGGAAAUGGAUGGGGAAAAAACUGACUAAUUCUGUUGUACUUUCUUGCUCCCUUAUUCAAGCAACAAUUUGCAUGGUGUGGCUAGGAACUUCCCCCCCAUUUCCUGAUUUUGACAUGGAGUCUCUGACUGAAGAGAUCAUAGCAGAAUGUAAUGAAGGGUCUGUUGUUAUGUUUUACAUUGUUCUGGUCUACCUAGGACUUCUGUCUAUUAUAAGCUUGACAGUGGCUUUCAUAGCCAGGAAACUACCAGACAGUUUCAAUGAAUCCAAAUUCAUCACCUUCAGCAUGCUGAUCUUUUGUAGUGUUUGGAUGUCCUUUGUUCCAACCUAUCUGAGCACAAAAGGGAAAUACAUGGUAGCUGUGGAGAUCUUCUCUAUCUUGGCAUCCAGUGCUGGGCUACUGGCUUGUAUCUUUUUCCCCAAAGGUUAUAUUAUUGUGUUCAGGCCUGAGCAAAAUAACAAAGAAUGCCUAAUUAGAAGGAAAAAAUCAACCAUGUAA